CCUGGUAACUUUUGGUAUGUUGAUAGAAAAAAAGCCAACUUCCUCAACACAACUGAAUAUCUGACUUAGUCAUUUCAUUUCUGAUCACUCCGGGUUGCUUUAGUUGAUGUGAAGGCACCCUUGCUCCCAUGUUCGUCCAUCUCUGGAGGAUGGGAGGUGGAAAACAUCUGCUGCUCUUGCCAGCCAUCGUGCUUCUGGUAAGAUGUCAGGAUAUUCCACAAGUCUCCAUGUUACCCUCUUUGAAGGACAUCUUUGUUGGGGACCGAUUUUAUUUGCAUUGUGACAGCAGUUCAAGUGGUGACACAGUGGAAUGGUAUCUCAAUGAGAAGUCACUAAGCCAGACAAAUAAAACUUUGAGGAUAGCAGCUGCUGGACCUGACGACUCCGGUUCUUAUAAGUGUGAAAGCAAUGGGAAAAAGAGUUCAAAUCUCGACAUCAUUGUUCUUGAAUAUCUUCCAAUUGCCUCACUCUUGACUGAGACGGGCCAACCGGUGAUGAACUUUGGUGGUUCGGUUAUCCUCAAGAUUGAAAAGGAGGACGGUCUGCAAGGAUGGAAUUGCUGGGUCUUCAGGGGGGAAAAAACCAACAAGAUUAAAAUUAAAAUUAAUCAGCAGGAUGACACAAGUCUUUCCUUUCAACCCAACAAUCUGCGUGUCCCUGAGACCAUUUUCUGGUGUACGGAUGAGACUCAAGCACUCAGAAGUAACCAAGUCACUGUCAGGACUUCAGAUAAGAGAGGAGCUCUGGAAAUAUAUCCCCUGCCUGCAGUAGCUGGACAGAGCCUGGGUCUGAGGUGCCUUGUCUGGGGCACAGACAAGGUCAGCGAGACUAUUUUCUACAGAAACAACACACUCCUUGUGAGCGUUAAUGGAGCAACGCAUAAUAUUAAUGACGUGGAAAAAUCUCAGGGGGGAAUAUAUAGUUGUGAAGCCAGUUACAAAUACAGGGACCAGACUACGUCCCCACACAAGUUGGUUUCUGAUACUCAAGAAGUGUCUGUCCAAGUGAGUCCUAUUAAAGCAGAACUAUCUGAAAACAUGCUGUGCUCUUGCCCGUUGUGCAUCAGUGAUAUGACGUAUCGGUACUACAAGAAAGAGGGCGAGUCGUGGACAGCUCUGGGUCACGAGAAGAAGCCGGAAACCAGUGGCACAUAUCAAUGCAGAGCCGUGUCGGACAAGAUGAGGACUUUACCCAGCAUGUCUGUGUAUUAUCAACCAAGUUCACUGAAUGCUGGGAUGUGGAUUGCUUUGAUUCUUUGUCUUUUAGUAUUAGGGGUGUUGAUGGUUGCCAUAGCAGCAUAUUAUUUGCGCAAGAAAAAGAACAACACAGGGCAAACUUAUGAGGAGGUGGGACUGAGGUUACAAGGUGAUGACAAAUAUGACACCCUGCAGCCAUGUGAAAGAGAAACAGAAUAUGACACCCUUAAUCCAGGAGCAUCGGGUGGGCAAGAGAUAGGUGGUGAAUAUGAAGCACUGAAUAAAAAAGAAAUGAAAGACGGGGUGUAUGACACUCUAGAAGCUACUGGUGCAGAGGGAGGAGAUGGGGGCUACGAAGCCCUGAAGAAAGACAAAAUUGAUGGAGCAGAAUAUCAGACCCUGAAGACAAAGUCAAGUGUGAAGAAAAAUGAAACAGAUGGAGGAGAAUAUCAGACCCUGGACAAGUCAACUCUGAAAGAGGGAACAGAUAAAGGAGAAUAUCAGACCCUGGACAAGUCAGCUCUGAAAGAGGGAACAGAUAAAGGAGAAUAUCAGACCCUGGACAAGUCAGCUCUGAAAGAGGGAACAGAUAAAGGAGAAUAUCAGACCCUGGACAAGUCAACUCUGAAAGAGGGAACAGAUGAAGGAGAAUACCAGACCCUGUAAAACAAGGAAGCAGUAGGGAAAUCAGAGAAAGACAAAUAACUUGAGAUAGUGGAAGAAAAGAAAAAAAGAGGAGGUCUCAGAUGUUAUGAGGAGACAAGAUUACAUUUGUCCAAAUUAGCAGCCUGAUGAUGUCGUUGAAGAUCAAAUUCUCUGAUAAGACUAAGUUAGGUGUUUCCCAUAAAUAACUAAAUUUUUAUGAGACUGUAAUCAAAAGCAAAGAGAUUUAUAAAGUUAGAAGCUUGUAGUGAGGUUUUUAUUUGUAUUCAUAUUGACAAGAAAAAAUUAAUAUCUGUUGCUUAUAUCUACUUAUUAUAGUAAAUCCACAGAAAAAUGCUAAAUAUAGUUUACCAAAAGAGAAAAAUAUUAAUUAUAUGACACCAGCAGACAAAAACAAAGCAACAGAAACUUUACAGUACUUUAAGUGUAAGCUGUAAGGCCAACAAAUAGUGAUGUUCAUCUGUAAAUAUCCUGCUUUUGCUGUAUGUUAGCGACUUUUUCUACAGCUGACAUGUUGCAUACAUUAUUCAUAUCACAGCAUUACACAUCUUGCUUAAACUAAAGAUAUCCAGGUAUAUUGUUUUUAUUGUUUUCAAACAUCAUGUGGCUUGUAACACACUGCUUUGGAGUAGCAGCAGAUUCAUUUUUGAGCUAUAAUAAAUUUCCUGUUUACUUUGUGAAAUGACAGCAUUGAAAUGAAGCACACUGCUAACCUGCAUGAAUUUGUAAGCUAUUUUUUAAAAUAGUUUUUCAGAGACAUUCUUUUUUGUUUUCAGCUUUGAAGCACUUUCUGAUAUAGUUCAUUUUAAAAUGUUUAUAAGCUCAUAAUAUCGACUUCAGAUAAAAAGCAAAAUCGCUGAACUUUCUUAAUAUUACACAUGCUGAAAUAAACCUAUUUUUAUCUGA